AGCUCGAAUGGACGGUCUCUGCAGUGUAUUGAACUGAUUCCAUCUAGCCAAGAAAAAGUUUGCUUUGAACCAACCGCGACCUGGUUAUAAUAUCGCUGCAGAUGCUCUAGGUGGGAAUCAUGCAUGCUUUAAGGAGUAAUUGGAACGAUUAAUAACUAGGCCACCAUGCAAGCAAACAGAAGUUAAGACAAGGCCAACUAACUAAUUGGCCAAGCAGAGCAAAACAUAUGAUCAAACCAGCCGCUCGAUUAACAUAAGCAAUUCAGUAGACAGCGUGACAAUGCUGGAGUGGUUACUCCUAACCAUGUGCAUACACAUACACUGGAUCGGAUUAACGUGCGAAAUGAAUCGACUCCUCGCUUGCUGCUUGUGAGCUGAGCGGGAGAGAGCAGAGAUGGGUAUCUCAGGUGCUGUGGAAUGGUGGGAGGAGUGGCAGCUGCGCAUCCUUGUCUUGGCUAGCCUCUUGGUUCAGUGGCUGCUCUUCCUCUCUGCCGCCAUGCGUAAGUUCGCUAUUCCUUCCUGGUUCAGAUCCACAAUAUGGCUUGCAUACCAGGGCAGCGAUGCUCUAGCGGUAUAUGCCCUUGCCAACCUCUUCAGCCGUCAGAGGAGGCAAGAUUGUACCUCUGGGCAAGGCAAUAGCAUCCUCGAGGUGGUGUGGGCACCGGUUCUCCUAGUCCACCUCGGUGGGCAGGACAUCAUAAGCGCCUAUAACAUCGAAGACAACGAGCUAUGGACGCGGCACGCCCUCGUCGCUGUGUCCCAGAUCACAGUAGCCAUCUAUGUCUUCUGCAAAUCAUGGCCAGGCGGUGACAAGAGGUUGUUACAGGCAGCAAUCAUGUUCUUCAUCCCGGGGGUUCUAAAAUGCUUAGAGAAGCCAGUGGUUUUAAAGAAUGCUAGCAUCAAUAGCCUAGUCAGCUCUUCUAAGCCUCCUCCGACAGAAACAUACCAGUUCACUCUUGACGACGGGCGUAUCUACGAUGAUAUCAACAUACUUGAAAACUAUGUGCAAGUAGUUGGAAAAUAUUUCCAUGAAAAUCCGGACCCUGACAAACAAGGAAAUAUUACCCACCCCUCCCAUCUAUUUGUAGACCUUGCAUCCUCAUAUGGUGAUCGGUUCGAUGUCCUAAGUUUAUUCAUGCCACUUGACGGAGAGGAAGCGUAUGACUUGCUGCAAGAAGGGCUUUCUAACAUGUUCAACCUUUUUUACACAAAAGAAACUUGGAGCACCCCCUCUAGUGGUCAUAUGAGACACCCUUGGCAACUAUAUUGGGGUUUAUUGCUACGGUAUACAAGUUUGUACCUGCCAUGGGCAGCCAUCGGGCUCUUCCACAAUUGCCAUAGAGAAGCUUAUAAUGAUUACGAUGUCAAGGUUACAUAUGCCUUGUUUUGUUGUACUGCUGUACUGGAGACCUAUUCAAUGGGUACUAAAAUGGGUCUUACCGAUUCUUUUUUCUCAAAAUUUGGAGAUAUUCCUGCUGUAGUAAGAUUAUUCCCAGGGCUAACAAAGAAAAGGAGAUCACAAUUCAGAGUUUCCCAAUACAGCCUUAUAGGAUUCUUUGCCCGUAACAGAAGGCACAGCAUGAAGAUGUGUAUCCUGAGUUUGCUCCAGUGCAAGGACUUACUUGACCAUCGUUGGUGCAUGAAGCCCUGUUACUCAUCUGUUGCCAUUACAAAGUUAGUUCUUGAGUAUGUGAAGAAAGGGUGGGAAGAUGAAAUAAAUGAUGUUGACAGCUAUUGGAAGUUCAACGACAACAGAGGUCAGUGGACUCUUCAGGGCAAGUGCGAGCAAGACCUGAUUUGGAGCUUAAGGGAACCAUUUGAUAAGACUGUCAUUCUCUGGCACAUCGCUACAGAUUUUUGCUUCUACACAUCAGUUGAUCACCAAUGUGCCCCUAUUCAAUGCAAUGAAGGUAUUGCCCCUGGUCAAGGUCAUGGCUGUGCAGCCUGGUGUGGAAUAUCUCCUUAUCACGAAAGAGCUGUCCGGUGCAGAGAAAUGUCCAGCUACAUGAUGCACCUACUCUUCAUCAACCCUGAGAUGCUAUUGCCUGGCACCAGACGAAAUUUGUUCAUGUCUGCCAAUGCUGAACUGGAGAAUAUCCUUAUGAAUGACAAGCCAUCAGUCGAGGCCAUCCUCAAGGGCGACAAGCCAUCACUGCAGGACAUCCUCAGGGGCAAUAAGUCAUUGAUCCAGUUCCUCAAGGGCAAGAAGCCAUCGCACAAGGAGAUCAAAAGAGGGCUCGUGGAGAUAAUAAUCACCAAAAUGAAGACCAGAGAAGUGCCAUCUGAUGUAGAGAAAAAUCCAGCUGAAGAAGGCUUUAUCAACGAUGCCUGGAAGAUUUCAGAAGCAUUGUCGGCUUUAGGUGAUGAGAAUAAGAUGUGGGAGGUGAUUGAAGGUGUGUGGGUGGAGAUGCUGUGCUUCUCGGCCAGUAGAUGUCGAGGGUACCUGCAUGCCAAGAGUUUGGGUACCGGCGGUGAGUUGCUCACCUAUGUCUGGCUCCUGCUGUCCCACAUGGGGAUGGAGACCUUGCCCGAGAGGAUGCAGAGGACGGAGUUUUCAAGUGGUGGAGGAAACGGCAGUAGCUAUGCAUCUACUCCUCACACUGGGGAAGGCAUUGUUUGACAAAUGUUGGCUCUUAAUUACCUACCCUGCUUCUCGAGCAUAGUUGCUUCUUGCCACCAGUGGAAGGCUUAUUAUAUACGUGUAUCUUGAUUGUUCGUUCUGAUGCAUAUUGUCCUCCUUGUAAUCAUAGCUGUCUUGAUAUUCCAGUGUGAUGUUUUCGUGUUUCUUGUAACAGUGUAUGUACGUCUGAAUGAGAUCUGAACAAAAAAGAAAAAAACCUGUAAUAUCAUUUUGUUCUUGCUACGUGUUUAAGAAUGGAUUUGAACACUUGUUAACGCUGUUGAUGUA